AUGUCACGUGUCCCUCCCACUUCUAUUAGAAGGUGCCUCACAGAGAAAGACUCACUGAGUUUCAAUGGACACAACAGCCUCAUCAGAACCACCCAUUCAACGACUGAGGACAGCGUUUUCAGUGAUCAUCACCCCGACCAUCGAUACGAGUUUGAUCAUGACAAGACUCGUCAUUCCCACUCUCACCAUUACCAUCGCAAGGAAAACCAUCGUCAUGUUUCUCUUUCAGAAACUCCCUUGAGUUCCUCAACUGGUUCCUCUUCAUCCUCUUCUUCCUCGUCUUCAUCAACAUCCUCUUGCUCCUCCUCUUCUUCCUCCUCUUCUUCCUUUUCUUCCUCGUCUUCCACGUCCUCCUCUAGCCUGUCCUCUGAGACUAGCAGUGAGUGUUUCGAUAGCUAUGCACUGAAGAAGCUCCAGCAUUCACAGUCCUGUACUGACAUUUCCAGGAAACACAAGUACUUUGAAGAGGGAGAUGAUACGGCCCCUUUGAUAGAUAAAAGUGGUUAUCCAAAUAAACUCCCACCCAAACAGGAACAAGAGAAAGGAAAGCCCUCUCACAGUGGCUCUACUCAGGGCACCUUAAAGAACACGCGGAGGAUUACAAGAGGCUUGGGUAAUGAUGGAAGUUUCCGCAAAGCUAAAUCACUUGAGGCUCUCACUGGACCCAAUGAAAGAGAAUGGCAUGGAAAUGAAGAGGGAAAUGAAAAAGAGAGGAGAAAAGGUGAGGCCAUGAAGAAUUUAAUCAAGGAAAAACAGAAGUUCUCUGCCUUCCUUAAUGAGAUCACUCGGCAGGUACUCAGCCCGAUGAGACUCACCACUCUUGGGGUCACUGAUGCACAAAGACCCAGCAGUCCCGGGCAGGCUUCUGUUAGAUCCAGUAAGGCCAACAGCAGCACCGAGAAACUCAGACAGCAGAGGAGUCGACCUACCAGUCCAGAUUCUAAUAGCUCUAGUAAAUACUCCCAUACCAGCAAACACUCCUGCAACACCAUCACAAUUCUGGCCAUCAUCAUCACUAUCACAGACACCACCACAGUCCUGCCUGUCAUCCUGCAGACCACUGCAGCGCAACUCAUCAUCACCACGAAGACCACCACAGUUCAGGCCAUCAUCAUCGCCAUGGGGACCAUCACAGUCCAGGCAAUCACCAUCAACAUGGAGAUGACCACAGUCCAGGCCAUCAUCCUCACCAUGGAGACCACCACACUCUAG